GGAUUCCGAGGCGCGGAUGGGCACUACCGCUGUGGGAGACGUGAAGAUGUCAAUGUCCCAACGGAUGCAGGCAGAUCCCCGCGGUGGUUGAGACGGAGCUUUGUGGAUUGUACCAGCAGCCGCAGGACCAAACUGUCCGGAGAUCCAGUGACAAACAAAAUGCCAGAAAAUUCAACAGAAUCCUGCAGCCUCUGAAUCAUGGGAAAUGUUGAGAGCCAAAAUGGGAACCAUGCCCUCUACCGUAAUGAACGUGGCUAUUUGUCACGUAAGCACAUGUCUCGGUCUCUUCGCAUCUCCAACAAACAGUCCAGACGCUCUCGACAUGCUUCAUCAGGGAAAAUAGAGCACAGGAAUUCUGAAACAAGCACACGCUCAAGUAGCACCCCCAGUAUCCCACAAUCCUUGGCUGACAAUGGCCUUGAGCCCUUCAAUGAGACGAAUAUCCUCCCAGACUUUGGAAGCCCCAUUUGGGUUGACCGUGUGGCCAUGAACCUGCGGCCUGUGUCCUUUCACAACGACCUGGCCAAUCCCUCUGUGAAUAUGAUGCACAUAACCCUACCUGGCCCCACAGCAGAGGAGGUGCAGGAUGAAGAUGUGUACGCAGGCGAGGUAACAUACCUUCAGAAAACUCGGGAUUGCUCCAAGGAGACUGUCAGCUUUAAGAAGAAGAGGUCCAAGUCUGCAGACAUGUGGCGAGAUGACAGCCUUGAGUUCUCCCUGUCUGACCUUAGCCAAGAACACCUGACCAGCACAGAGGAGAUCAUAGACACGGCCAACGAGAGGGACUUUACAGACUGCAAAGGACACCUGCAGUCCAGCCCCACAGACUCCACUGACUGGGCAAACUCCCUGGACGAGCUUUAUAGCCAGAAGUGCCCUACCCGCAGGCAACCCCAAGGUCGCUAUGCCAAGUGGCGCGGCGUCAACAGGGCUAUCAGGGAGAGUGAGGACGAUAAGAUGAUCUCCCCAUCAGAGGAGGAUGGGAACACCUAUGGUGCAUACACCCUGCCCUGCCGGCGUUCCCACUGCCUUUCUGAAGGCUUGAGCAGCCCCCAAGCUGCCAUGUGUGCCAGUAUGCAGGGCAGGAGGGCGCAGACUAUACAGGAUGUCACUGCCGGAGAGGGUAGCGAGUACGAGGACAGCGGCAUUGACGGGGUGACUGUGGAGGCCGAGCAACAGUCCAGACGCUACAAGACCAUGUCAGCCUCCUUCUCCGUGUGCUCGGCGGCUGGCAGGAGCAUGUUCGCUGGCAGCGACAGUGGCAGCAGCAGUGGCGGUGGGACAAGCGAGUGUGUACAGGGCGUGUACGAGAACUUUCGCCAAGAACUUGAGAUGAGCUCCUGCCAGACGGAGAGCUUAGAGGAGGCAGGGUCCGCCCUGAGUGACGAGCAUAGCACUAUGAGCUCCGCCUACCAGUCUGACCCGUUGCUCAGCGUCUCCCAGGGGAUGGUGCGCAAAGCUGGCAGGCUGGCCGUCAAGAACUUCCUAGUGCAUAAGAAGAACAAGAAAGUGGAGUCGGCCACGAGGCGCAAGUGGAAGAGUUACUGGGUUUCCUUAAAAGGUUGUACUCUAUUCUUCUAUGAGACUGAUGGCCGUUCAGGGAUUGACAACAACAGUAUUCCUAAGCAUGCCAUCUGGGUGGAGAACAGUAUUGUCCAGGCUGUACCUGAGCAUCCCAAAAAGGACUUUGUAUUCUGUCUCAGCAACUCCCUGGGAGAUGCGUUUCUGUUUCAGACAUGCAGCCAGACUGAGCUGGAAAAUUGGAUCACAGCCAUCCACUCGGCAUGUGCCACUGCCGUCGCCCGCCAGCAUCACAGGGAGGAUACGGUGCGCCUGCUACGCGCAGAGAUCAAGAAGCUGGAGCAGAAGAUAGACAUGGACGAGAAGAUGAAGAAGAUGGGAGACAUGCAGCUGUCAGCUGUUACUGACACCAAGAAGAGGAAGACGAUCCUGGAUCAAAUCUUCCUGUGGGAGCAGAACCUAGAGCAGUUUCACAUGGAUCUAUUCCGCUUCAGGUGCUACCUGGCCAGCCUGCAAGGUGGAGAGCUGCCCAACCCCAAACGCCUCCUGGCUGUUGCCUCUCGUCCCACGAAGCUGGCAAUGGGCCGACUGGGGAUAUUCUCUGUGUCUUCCUUCCAUACACUGGUGGCAGCUCGCUCAGAGAAUGGAGUGAGACGGCGAACACAGGCCAUGUCUCGUUCCUGCAGCAAGCGCAAGAGCAGGUUCUCCUCCCUCUGGGGCCUGGACACUACCUCAAAGAAAAAAACGAAAGCCCACCCCAGUAUCAACCAGGUCUUUGCCGAUGGUGAAGAGCUAGUAAAAAACCCUGUUGAUGGCCUAUUUGUUGAUCCGACCAAGGAAAACACAAAAAGUGAGGAUGUAACUGUGAAAAGCCUUCCGCGGCCCAGCACGGAAAGUGAUAUCUGGGUCCCUGACCACCUCACCCCCUCCUGGGUGUGUCUGCCAAAUGACCAGCCAGUGCUAACCAUCAUCCAGCCAGGGGAGUCGGCGCUGUGCGUUCUGGAAACCAUCUGCAAGGCUCACCAGCUGGAUCCCACCAAGCACUACUUGCGACUCAAAUUCCUCAUCGAAAACCAAGUGCAAUUCUACAUUCCCAAACCAGAAGAGGAUGUGUGCGACUUGCUUUACAAAGAAAUUGAGCUCUGCUCCAAAAUUACAAAAGUAAUCCAGUUUGACAGAGAUGAAUCCUGCAUGAUUGGUUACGGUUUCUCCAUUUCAGUUGUGGAGGAGGACGGCGUGCAGCAGCUCUACAUCACUGAUGUGAAGGCGGGCGGAUUAGCCUUCGCCAAAGGUCUCAAUGCAGGGGAUGAAAUACUUCAGUUGAACGGAAAAGACUCUCACAGUCUCAACUUCUCCGACAUGAAGGUAGCUUUCUCUCAAGCCUCGCUUGCUUUGACAGUCAACACCCUGCCUUCUGUGGACCGCCGUCAGCUUUGCUAUCUACCCCCACGCCGCUCCGAUGCGGAGGAGGAUCUCUACACGGACAUCUUCUCCCAGAGUCAAGAGGAGAUUCUGGACGACGGGGUGGGACUGCUACUCGAAAGCUCAGGAGACAGCCUGGACGACGACUCUGAGAUCUUCAGUGAGUUUGAGUGCAGAAAGAGUACAGAGCAAGUCGCCGCUUUCUGCCGCAGUCUCCAUGACAUGAAUCCCACGGAGUGUGUGUCCUCUUCGCCGAGCCCAGACUCCCCCUUUCCACCACCUGCAACGCUCCGACAGCUCUCCGAUGCUGACAAGCUCCGCAAAGUCAUCUGUGAACUCGUGGAGACCGAACGCACCUAUGUCAAAGAUCUCAAUUGCCUCAUCGGGAGAUAUUUAACCCCGCUGCAAAAGGAGACCUUCCUCACACAAGAUGAGCUGGAUGUACUAUUUGGGAACUUGCUAGAAAUGGUGGAGUUUCAGGUUGAGUUUCUCAAGACUCUGGAAGACGGGACCAGACUGGUUCCUGAUCUAGAGAAACUGGAGAGAGUGGAUCAGUUUAAGAAAAUCCUCUUCUCCCUGGGAGGCUCUUUCCUGUACUAUGCAGACCGUUUUAAAAUCUACAGUGCUUUUUGCGCCAGCCACACCAAAGUCCCUAAGGUCCUUGUAAAGGCCAAAACUGAUCUGGAUUUCAAGGCCUUCCUGGAAGAGCGCAACCCCAAGCAGCAGCACUCUUCCACCCUGGAGUCAUACCUGAUCAAACCCAUCCAGAGGGUGCUGAAGUAUCCCCUCCUGCUGAAGGAGCUUUACUCACUCACAGACCCAGACAGCGAGGAGCACUACCACCUGGAUGUUGCCAUGAAAGCCAUGAACAAAGUUGCCAGCCACAUCAACGAGAUGCAAAAGAUCCAUGAGGAGUUCGGAGCAGUGUUCGAUCUGCUCAUCACUGAGCAGAGUGGUGAAAAGAAAGAGGUGGCCGACCUGUCUAUGGGUGAUCUGCUACUCCACACCAGUGUGACCUGGAUCAACCCCCCUGUCUCUUUGGGAAAAUGGAAGAAAGAGCCCCAGAUGGCCACAUUUGUGUUCAAAAUGGCAGUGGUUUUUGUAUGCAAGGAUGGAUCCAAGCAGAAAAAGAAAAUGGGUGGCUCCCAUCGAGUCUCUGCAUCUUCAGAAGAAAAGGAUCCCUUCCGAUAUCGUCACAUGAUCCCAACUGAUGCCCUUCAAGUCAGAUCCUUGGCCAAUGCAGAUGGCGAGGGCUCGGCUGUGUGUGAGAUUGUCCACAUAAAGUCGGAGUCGGAGGGAAGGCCAGAGAGGGCAUUUCAGCUGUGCUGUAGUUCUCCAGAGAGUAGAAAAGACUUUCUGAAGACGGUACAUUCCAUUUUGAGGGAAAAGCACCGUAGGCAGCUCCUAAAAACUGAGAGUUUACCCCUCAACCAGCAGUAUGUGCCCUUUGGUGGAAAGCGCCUCUGUGCCCUGAAGGGAGCCCGUCCAGCCAUAAAUAGAGCAGCAUCUGCACCAACCAGAACUCUAGGCAGGAGGAAGUUAGUGCGCAACCGCUUCACUAUAGACACCGACAUUCUGCAGCGGGACAACGAACCAGAUAAGCUUCAGCAGUCGGAGGCAGCAGGUGACACAGACCGCUGGGUGGAAGAACAGUUUGACUUGGAAGAAUACGAGGACCAGGAAGUGGUGAAGGAGACAGACAUCCUCAGUGAUGACGACGACAUGCUCUGCCAGGCACCCAGAGCGUCGUCCGCUGAGGCUGACCUCGAGGCCCCCAUCAUGGCUUUGUCCUUGAAUAGUGAGGAAACCAAUGAGGGCAAGAGCCGUAAGUCCCCAAAGGCCAGUGGGACACCGGAUGACGUGAAGCUGUCCAACACAGAGGAGCAGAGCGCCCUGACUGAUGACAACAUGGAGGAUCAAAAGCAAACGGCAAAGGAUGAGAUUUGGGUAAGAAGGCAGCAGUCGGGUUCGUCCACAGACUGUGGCACAUAAAAGUGGACAGGCAGACCACUUUACAUGAGCUCCAUCAGUCUUCUCAAACAAUGCAUGGGCAUUCAUGUCUUUUGCACAGCUAAUAGAAGUCAUAUCGUUCCUUACUUUUGCUGAAUGCUUUUUGUACAGGUGAAACCAUCAGUGGAGCAAUA